AUGGAAAAUUUUAUUAAAAUUCAAAUAGACAUUCUGAGUAGAAUAAAAAAAACUUUAAUUAAUUACAAUAAGUCUCCGAAAGAAAGAAUUAAUGCAACAUAUAUUGAAAUUCGUAUACAAAAUUUAGAUGCACAAUGGACGCAGUUUCUUGAAACACAUGCUCGUCUUAUUGAUAAAUGUGGGGAAAAGGAAUUGUUUGAUAGUAAUUACUUUAAAAAUAAUAUUUAUGAUGAAACAGAAAAUGCAUAUAUAGAAACUAAAACUGUGUUAAGAGAUGAGCUUGCUAAGUUACAAUCUGUUCAUAUAACUGAAAAACCUAACUUUGAAAAGGGUGUAGAAUGUACAAAUGUUAAACUUCCAAAAAUUUCUAUUCCGACUUUCAGCGGAAAGUAUGCCGAGUGGACAACGUUUAGGGAUUUAUUUAUAACACUUAUACAUAAAAAUGCAUCCAUUGAGAAUAUUCAAAAGAUGCAUUAUCUUAAGGCACAUUUAAUAGGUGAGGUAGAACAACUUUUGAGACAUAUUCCUGUAACAGCUGCUAAUUAUUUAGAGUCCUGGAAUUUAUUAAAUAAGCUAUAUGAUAAUAAAAAAUAUCUUACAAAUUGCUUAUUAAAGAGAUUUAUGAGUCAACCUAAUGUUUCUGUAUCUUCACGCUCCAUAAAGGAACUGCUCGAUACUACUGUAGAGUGCUUAAACGGUUUAAAAAACAUAGGCGUUGUUGUAGAGUCUUGGGAUGUUAUUGUAAUCUAUAUUGUUAGUGCAAAAUUAGAUAAUGAAACACGUAAGUUAUGGGAAUCUACCAUAAGUGCGUCCGAUGAUCUACCCAAAUUCGAUGAAUUUUCAAAGUUUUUGGAAAAUCGGUUUAGAUCGUUAGAGUUUUUGGAUACAAAGGUAAGAACAAAGCCUGUUUCUAAACAGAGUGUUCUACACGCCCUUAAAACUAACACAUCUAGUAUCUCUUUAAAUAAUUGCCAAUACUGCCAAGGAUCUCAUAAAAUUGCACAUUGCAAACAAUUCGCUCGACAGGAUUAUGACAGUCGACAAAGCUUUGUUCAAAACAACAAUUUAUGCUUCAACUGUCUGGGAAAUAACCACUCGGUUUAUUUUUGUCGGCAAAACUCCAAGUGCCAUGUUUGUAAACGAAAACACCACUCAUUAUUACAUCCAAAUCGGAAACCAAGUAAAGUAACAAUCGGAAAUGCAGAAUCUGGUGUCGUUAAUACGGUAACAGAAACUGUUCAACCAAAUGAGUCAACUAGUAUAACCUCAUGUUUUUCAAAUAUACAGAGUCAUGUUCUUUUGGCUACAGCCUUUGUAAAGGUUUUGUCAAAAAUUGAAGUUGGUAUUACAUUUAGAUAUCUUUUAGAUCAGGGAUCCCAAGCGUCUUUUAUUACAGAGAAUGCAGUUCAAACGCUUGGACUAAAAAAGAUUCCGACGAAGGUUGUGAUAUCAGGAGUAGGAGGACAAGAGGGCUUAGUAUCCAAACACAUAGUAGUUGCUAAUCUGCAGUCAAUCCAUGAUCCCCAUUUUUUGAUAAAAGUGAAACUUCACGUUUUAGACAAAUUGACAGCAUUCAUGCCUUCAAAGAAGUUUGCUGUUCAAUUAUGGUCGAAGCUAUCUGAAUUGCGAUUAGCUGAUCCUAAAUUUUAUAUACCUAAUAAGGUAGAUCUAUUACUAGGAGCAGAAGUAUACGGACAAAUACUAGAAGACGGUCUAAUAAAAGGUCCUCCAGGAUCACCAGUGGCUCAAAACACUAAAUUCGGAUGGAUUCUUUCAGGACAAAUUCACUCAAGCUCUCACACUGGAUUGGAGUGUAACUCUAAUAAUAGGAUUGUCAGUAUGCAUUCCUAUGUAGAUGAAAAUGAGGUUUUAAGAAGAUUUUGGGAGAUUGAGUCUGACGAUUUCUCCUACAAGAAGAGUAAAAUAUUAACUCCAGAGCAACAAAAGUGUGAAGAGAUAUUUUCUCAUACAACCUCUAGGGAUGACUCUGGACGUUAUGUGGUUAAUUUACCUUUUAGAGACGAAGAUCCUCGAUGCAAGUACGGAAAUUCGAGAAAGAUAGCUACUAGGAGAUUACAGUUGUUAGAAAAAAGGUUGGAGAAGAAUACCGAGUUAAAGAUACAAUAUUCUGCAGUGUUGCAGGAAUAUCUUGAUCUAGGCCACAUGGAGUUAGUACCUGAAAAAGAAAAAGAGGAUGUUCAUGUAGUUUAUCUACCUCAUCACGCUGUGGUGAAAGAAGAUAGAACUACUAGUAAAAUACGCAUUGUUUUCGAUGCAUCCUGCAAAGGGAGUAAUGGUGUAUCACUAAAUAACGAUCUUUUAGUAGGGCCCGUAUUACAACCUGAUUUGCGGCAUAUAGUGUUGCGUUGGCGACAACAUCCGAUAAUUUUAGUUGCUGAUCUGGUUAAAAUGUACCGUCAGAUAAAGGUGACAAAGGAACAUUGCAACUUUCAACGUAUUGUCUGA